CGUUGCUGAUACCAUUGUUGCAAGGCUUAUUGCAUAAAAACAUGCCGCAAGCACGUUCACCUUCUGGUUCUUCAUCGAAAACUGCAACAAAUUCAGCAACAACAUCCAAUCAAAAUAGCAACAAUUUAAAAAGUAGUCUUAAAGCAAAUAAUACACAUUUUAGUAGCACUUCUAAGAGUAACAAUAAUAAUUCAUUGGGUGAUAGUGGUUUAAGUAGUGAAGUAAGUAAAAAUAGUUCCUUAGGUCUUCAGAAUAAGAACGGUUCUAGUCUGAGAGUAGCAGCACCUCAACAAAUCGAGGAUUCUGGUACUGAGAGUGGGGAAGAUUUGCGCUUAAUUGCGGCUGGGAUUAGGGAUUCUAUGCAAAUUGAGGGAAUCGAAAAUCAUAGUGAUAUGAGUUUGAUCAAAGAGGUUACGAAUGCCUUGAACAAGCUUGAGAGCUCGUUGAAGGAGGGCAAGGAUUUAGCUUUAGAUAAUAGUAAGAAGAGUACGUUACUGGCUUUGGUUGAGAGACUGCAAACAGGGCUGACAGCUCCUGACAAACUUUCAAAUGCAGUUGGAGAGCAGGACUUUCCUGAUGAAACUUCCUCGCCAGAAGCCGACAAUCACCGGUCGAACAGACAAAGGUUCGCCAAGCGAAAAAAUCGCAACAACAGACAUACCGUUGGGGUCAGUAAGGAGGAGUUAGCCGAUGCUCGGCGAUACAUGGAGGAAAUGGUGAUGAUUGAAAACUUGUCAAAUUGCACAACUCCCGAGUGUAAUGCUGCCACAACUCCUCCUGAGCUAUUUGCCAUUCAGAAGCAACACUCUACUGGAGCUAUUCUGACCAGCCAUGAGCCACAAGAAUCAUCUGCGGGACUCUUCCGUCCCAAUCAGUUUGUUCCAAAUAACCUUAAACACUCAACAGAAGCUGGUUCAGGGCAUCCAGAGGUUCAGAUGCGCCAGAAGAAAGGUACCCCAGCACCGGGCCAAAGACAAAGCACCGGUGACAUGGACACUAUCAAAGUACCAAACUCAAACAAUGGAAAACGGCCAUUGUCGGACUCUUUCGAUGCCUACACUGCCCAAAAUAAUAGAGUAACAUUUCAUGACCCCAACUCGCAAAACGACAAUUCUGUGGAAGAGAAAAACGAGUACAAUCGAUCUCACCAUUCAGAUGAUAAGCAAAACAAUCAUGGCCGAUUGUCGCCCGAUUCAAACCGGUUAAAUCGCUUCAAUAAUAAGAAGCAGCUUAUGAAACGGGCCAACACAAUCGAUAUCCCGAAAACGCACCGGUACAAUCCCGAGUUCGAUACAGACUCUGAUUUUGAAGAACGGAGCGCUCUCAAUACGAAAGGUCUCCGUGGAACCCUUCAAGUUACGGUAAAACGAAAACCACGUCAAGUGGUUCCGAAUUUCGAACCGAAAACCGAAAAUGAUCACAAAUUUCUGGCAUUCAUCCAGAAACAAAAUACAACCACUGGGGUUGGUUGGAAUAGCUCGAAAUCUGUUUCAAAUUGGACAAAUAAAUUUGGUAAUAUCAAAAAUGUAUUUGAAGCUGGGGCGAAUACUGCGAGUUCUAACAAACCUAAGGUAUCAGGGCCACCUUCUUCGUCGUCGGCGAAGAGCUUUUGGAAGAAAUCUGAGGAGCAAAAUCCUCCCAAAACCAGUACAAGUGUGUUGACUUCUGCCCUAAAGGCAAAAGAACGCAACGAAAAGAGAUCCGAGGUUAUAGUUCCAAAACCAAUUCAUCUGAAUCAGUUUAGUCACAAUCCACAAAGUGCCUUCCGUCCGGUUGAUACUUCUCCAGAAACUAUUCAGAUGCAAUUCAAGCCAAUACCAGCGGAAAAGUCGUCAAAUGAGGCCAUCAACAGCCUUUCUCCUACCAAGGCAUACAAUCCGAAUUCAGUGAGGAGGCAGGCGUUGGAAUCGCCGCAUUAUGCGCAGUCUUCGCCUACUAAGUCAUGGAUCAAAAAGAACACUGCAACAAAUUCACCAGUCUCUCUGCCCUGGACAGCCAAACCUCCUGAGAACAAUGUUCUUAAGAUCGCCGCUACGAAGUUUGAAUCACAGUCACCGGUGCAAAGACAUCAAUCCUUUAAACAGCAAGAAAAGAGACCUUCGUUGCCGAAUACCUCAUAUCCUUAUCAAUAUCAAGACUACGGCCACUCCCAGUCUAGUUAUGUGUCCAACAGUCAGCCAACAUCAUACGCAGAAUAUCCACAACAACCUAGAAUCUACCGAGAGAGCUCGCUUACCAAUCCCCAAGCUGAGCCCCUAGUUCUCACCUCCAAUGCACCAGCUUACAGUCCCCACAGUCUGCAGCCAUAUGAUUAUUAUGCAGAGGACCUGAAUCAAAAUGCCCAUCAGACUGACAUGACAGACGAUGACAUUGAUGAUAUGGAGAGCAUGACAGAGUAUCGUGUCGAGGCUAAGGUAAUGGGUAAGCCUAUGAGCCAGCAAGCAGUGACUGUGGGCAAGAGGACAAAUCAUAUGAGUGACGAUGAAGUUUUUGGAAAGAAUUCGAAAGCUGCGAAGAAUCUUUUGUCAGUUAUGAAAAAUAUCGGAAAUGGUAAGCCCGAUCGACCAGCAAAGAAACCAGAAAAGAAACAACCACCAGCGUCUUGUAUAUCUCCCAAUGGAAGUGCGUAUCAAGCUCCGAUUGUAGAGCCUCUCUUCCCAGAAGUGACAAAGUUCGAAGCCAAUAGAGAUCCAGAAUAUAUUGGUAAACAAAAGAAUAAACAACAAGCUGGGAGCUACCAUCAGAAUCCAGUUUAUGUUCCACUUGAAGACUACCAACACAACGAACCGCCUGUUGCCCCACCUCGUGGUCGAAAAGUUUCCCAAGAAACAAAGAAAGGUUCAGCAUAUGUCCCGAAAGAACGAUCAAAUGUUUACCAAUCACCAAGACGCGAUGCUCCAAGUUCCCUUCCAAUUCAAGCUGGUCCUACCAGUCCUCCCCGUUAUAUGUAUAGCUCUCCAAUUGAAUCUCCAGUAUCUAGCUCAACAACAUCUCAGAUUCUAAGCGAUGGUAUGUAUAUGCAAAAUGUUCCAGCUUUUAGGAAACCUUAUUCAGAGCCGAACACUCCCAGCGAUUAUUCCACCUCAAAUGAUCAAUAUUUCAAUCAAUAUGGCCACAUUCAAAAGAGUUACCCAGCUCCACAGCCACCUGUGAUUUUGCCUCAAAUUCCUCUUGAGACCAGCUACACUAAGGUUUACGAUCAACCUAGGGACGUAUCAUCUUUCUAUCAGCCUCCUCUAGAAAAUCCAAAUUCAAGUGCAUAUGUUCAGAGUUCUCCCAAAGUCCAACAGAGCUCCCAACCAUCAAAGUAUAUUCCACCAGAAUAUCAACAAAAGCCUGAGAUCCCUCAACAAUAUUAUCAGCCUUCUCCGAAGGUCCAACAAAGUCCAAUGCCACAGGAAUAUGCUUCACAACAAGCUUAUCAGCCCAGAUCUGAAAUUCCUCCAGAUUACUAUAGCUCCCCUAAGGUUCAGCAGAACCCACAGCAAUUUAUACCCCAACAGGUUUAUCAACCCAGAGCUGAAGCUCCUCAGGAAUACUAUCAAGCUCCAAGAACUCAGCAAAUUCCACAACCACAGGUCCCGGCUCAAUAUUACCAAGCACCGAAAGCUCAACCCAGCCCCGUACCGCAGUUGAUAGCGCCACAAUAUACUGAUACUCCGGUACAGUACGAACACUCACCAAGGGUUCCACAGAGCUCAAGGCCUGAUGUUCCACAAUCCUACUACCAAUCUCCGAAAACACAACAGAGUCCACAGCACUCCAGUUCGGAAAUUCCUCUGCAAUAUUCUCAGUCUCCGAGAACACCUCAAUCGCAGUCUUCGGUAACACAACAAGGGUUUAAAUAUCCACAACCUCCACAAUCUCAAACUUACCAGCCAUCUAAAACUCAACAAAGCCCACAACCAAUUUAUCAGCCAAAAGCCCCCAUGAUUCAAGCAAAGCCUCAAGUCCCUCCGAAAAAUGAAUCUGUCAUGCAGUCAUCCAAGUUUCAACACUCUAGUUCAACCUACCAGCAGCAAAGCAUCCAAAAUGUGGUGAUGCCCAAAAGACCUGCUGAGCAGCAAGCCCCAAACGCUGCUGUCUUGUGUAAACAGGCUUCUCUUGAGGGUCGCAAUCGAGUACAAUCGCAAUCUCAAAAGUAUGAACAAGUUGAGGAAACUCGUCGCAAAAGCCUCGGAAAUGUCUUGGAAGUGACACGAAUUGAGCGUGAAGCCCGGGAGCAAAAAGCAGCUGCUAUCAAGCAAGAUAUGUACUCCGUCCAACAAGAUGUUUAUUCUCAACAAAAAUCGAUCAGCAAAAAGACUGAAGUUCAUCAACAAGAGACGAAAGUUAUGUACAAGUCAUCGGCCCCGGACGAUACACCUGAUAUUGUAAAAUCCUCCCUCAAAAAGGACGAUAUUCCUAUUCUGAAGAAAUUCGGUCCACCUCAGCGUCAUUGCUAUAUGCCAAAUGCCUAUCAAAAUCCAUUGAUGAAAAGUGAAACAUCCGCUGUUUUGAACAACGCUCCAAAGACAGUCUCUCGCAAGUUUUCCGACCCUGCUGUCAGCAGAGGUCCCUUGAUCGUUGAAAUCCCUUCAACCCCACAACCAGACAGCCAAGAUGAAAUACCUCGGAACAUAGUUUUCAAUAAAAUAAGCGCUUUCACAAGCAUGUCGCGUAAGCAGACUGAAGCCUCUACGGAAUACACCAGCCAACAGAACCGUCCCAACAAGUUAAGUAAAUGUGACUCAUGGCAUCAAAUUUGCCAGCUUCAAAACGUCCCUAAGCCACCAUCGCCUAGAUUCAACCAGCAUGGAAAUGCUGCAAUUCGCCGUUCCAAAUCAAAUCAUACUUUGGCCCUUCCGAAACUGUAUGAAGCCAGCUACGAUCGAGCUGAGAUAUCCGAGAAACAAAGGACUGUUGCUGCGUAUUUUACGGGACAGAAAUCCCCUAACAGCUUGUCAAGAAACUCAUCUCAGACAAACCUUGCCGAUGAAUGUAAUUAUGUUUCUGUCAAGAAAUCAUCUAUAAACCGCAUCAAAACCAGCGAGAAAGCCUCUAUAAGUCGACAAGAUCCAAGCUCUGGACUGUCGAGAAGUCACACAAUGCCACAAAUAGCAAAUGUUAACUUGCUCGAUGAGAGCAAUGUCGAAGACGCAUUCGAACAAUUAAUGAAUGGUUCAUAAAUUGUGGCAACAUUUUAUUUCAAAUAAAUAUGUAGAUGGCGCCAAUGUCGCCUAAUUUGUCGUAGAAUUAAUCUAAAAAUACGUCCAUUCCAAAAAUUUAUUUAAAUAAACGAAAAAAUCUA